CAAAUAAGUAGUCGUAUGUCGAAACUCGAAACAGUCAAGGAAGGGGAUUUGAAUUCCAGUCUGUAUUAGGAACAGAUAAACGUUGCUUAAACUGUCGUUGACUCAUAUAUUAUCAUAGCUAGGCAGGAGCAGCGUUUUAAUUUUUCUUCGCAAGGAGUCAUUUAGGACUUCAUUGGCACAGAGCCACAAGUUACCCAAGUCCUACUUUUUGUGAUCCACUAACCACCAAUUCACGAGGGAAAUCAAAUCAGUCCAAAAUGGCUGAUGAAACAUCAUUUUGCAAAAAUUGCAAGCGAUCUGUGCCCUCUGCAACCUUCACCUUACAUACAACUCACUGUGAAAGAUUCAUACAAAUAUGUCUAAGCUGCCAGGAACCUAUUCAUAAAGCUGAGAUGGAACAGCAUGCAAAUGAAGUUCAUAAAGUAAUUGACUGCAAAGAUUGCAAAGAGAAAAUAGAAAGAGGGGCAGAAAAUGAUCAUUUGGCCAAUCACUGUGCUAAAAGACUCAUCCCAUGUGGAUACUGUGAAAUGCAAUGUACUGCAUCCACAGUACAAGACCAUGAAGUUGCCUGUGGAAGCAGGACUGAAAUGUGUGACAUUUGCAAAAAUCACAUUCUUGUUCGAAUGUUAAAGACUCAUGAAGAACUGCACAAGGGAAGCAGCAUUAAACCUACUGAUCAACUUAAAAGCAUUGAUAGAACAAGGGGAAUUAAAGAAGUACCAUCAAAUUUGGAACCAGGAAUGACUGUUCAAAAGUUUCGGAAUGUAGUCUGUCAAAAUAUCUUACAAGCCUCUGCUGCUUUACCCAGCAUACAGAAAUCAGAAACCAAGAAAAAUAGUGACACCUUGGCACACAGAAUGGAGGAUAAGGAAAAAUGUCUUCUUCCCUGUGAAUUUUGUGGAACAUUAUACCUUGUUGACCAAUUAGAGAAUCAUCAAAUGUCAUGUAUUUGGAACAAAGAAAGUUGUCCUCGUAGCGAGGCAUAUGUCACCUCUGAACGGCCUACUAAUUCUUCUUCCACCUCUGGCAGAGAAGUAGGUUCUUCCAACAAAGACGAAGAGUACUGGUCUCGUUAUGUAGUAGCUUCUCCAAAUACGGAGGAAAGCAUGGUUAAAGAAGAAGAUAGUAUUCCAUGCGAAUUGUGUGGAAUUCCUUUUCCGAUAUCAUGUUUGGAGCUUCACGAGAUUGCAUGCAAAUUCUCGAGCAUGUCUACCCAGACAGAAGAUACCGCACGCGGAAAGGAAUCCUCAACGCGGCGUCCAGCAAGCACUUACGACGUUGAUAGCGAUUACUGGUCCCAGUACACGGCUGUAGCGUCUGCUGCCGAACAAGACAUACCUAUGGAGGAAAUAAAUAUCCCAUGUGAAAAUUGUGGAACGCCUUUUCCCUUAUCAUCUUUGGAUAUUCAUGAAAUAUCUUGCAAAUUCUCAAAAGAUGCCACCAAAAGCGGAAAAACAAGCCAAGUAAGAGAGAAAACAGGAUCAUUAGUUUCAACACCCGAACAUCAUAAUGAGCCAGCAUUUCUACCGUGCUCUUUCUGCAAUGUUGUUAUUUCAUCAAGUAUUUUUGAAAUGCAUGAGGCUAGGUGUCGUUCGUUCUCUGAGCAGCAGUUACGUCGUUCGCUACCUACCGCUGGACAAUCUGCACCGAAAAAAACUUUACCAAAAAACACCCGCCUAGAAAACGGCACUCAGCGUAGUAUACGCAAUAACGCUCUCUUGGCUACGGAAAACCGUUUGCCGACCACUCCCAAGAUUCAACAGUCCCAGUACGCAGUUGUUCAACUUCCAAACGGACAAGAAAUCUUGAAGAAACGGAAUCCGUCUUUUGGAACGAAUGAAAUAAAUAUUGGUCAUGUCUUGGGUCAUGGACAACCUCAAGAACUUGAGAAUGAUGAUACAUCGAUUCUGCAUACGGCUGUCUAUACCAAUCGCAGAAAUGGUUUUGAAGGUUCAGACUUUGGCUUCAGUCCUAACUGGAUGGAACCUAACAAAAGCAUGUUUAAUGAACGCGAUGACAAAAAGUAUCCAGCACCGAUUAACCUUGCUAAAAAAAAUUAUGGACCAGGGAUUGUUCAAAAACGGAAUUCUGUGCAGAAAAAUAAUGGAAUAGCUGCAAUUGAUCACAGCGUUGGGAUGCGGAUUCCCAAAAAGCCCAACGCCGCAUUCAAGAAUUAUGCUUACCAGCCCGAUCCAGGGAAUAAGCUUGGCGGCGGAAAUAGCUCUGACCGUGAUAGACCCCAACCUCGAAAUGCGAUGGACCAGGGAAUUUAUUUCCAAGCGGAAAAUCCUGCAGAAAACGGUUACCAGAAUCAAAGAAACGGUGAAAAUAUCGGUGAUAUUCAACAGAAUGCAAGGGAUUACAACAAUGCUCUUGGAGCGAGACCCAAACGCCCUCAAAGACCAUCAGACAAGUUUUAAAUCGAAAUCCAUAUUUCUUAUCCUUGGAACUCUCUCUGUGCCAAUUUUAUUCUUCCAGUCAGCACAAACCGCGAGAUUCGAAGCCUCCUGUCACUAAAUAUCGUAAGAAUUUCGUGGGCUAAUAACAAAAAGGGUGUCAAAGAAUUAACACAGAAUUUUUCUUUCCGUUUUUUGAAACUUCGGUGGCGGGGAUCAAAUUAUGUUGUAUUAUUGUUCAGUAAUUCCCAAUACAGAAAUCUAUCUCUAAA